AUGCAACAAACAUUUUAUCUUUUACAGAAUAGUCCAUUUUAUGUUGUUAUGAAAAUUCGUUUUCAAGCUUUACUUGCUCUUAUGAGUAUAGUAAAUGCCAUGGAAAAUACACAAGUAUGUCAUAUAUUAUCAAAAGAUGAAUUACCAAUAGAAAUUGAUGUUGGUCAAGAACAUCGAUAUCAUAGUGUAUUUGCUUGUUCAAUUCUUCGAUAA